CCUACAGCUCCCACGCGUCCCGGCGGCAUAGGAACUACCCCUCGGGUCCCAGCGCCUCGGCGUCUCCCCAUGUCUUCUGUGCACACACUCUCACUAACAGAGCUCCUCUGCGGGAAUCAGGUCGUUUAUUUUUUACCCAGAGCUCUUCAGCCGCAGAAAUGAGAAUAAGCCGUCGGACAUCUACAAUGCCGGGUAGGCGUGGCUUUGGGACCGGAAGAAGCUCCCGUUGCCAAGGGAACGCCGCGCGCUGUGGCUUCUGCUCAGCCACUGAUGCUCCCAUCCAGAGUGAACCCGCCGGUUUCCUCAACUUGGGACAAGGGAACCUUCCUGCGGAGACAUAGAGAGGAAGGCUGAGGCUCCUGGGGAAGAUCCCACCGCGGAAACAGGGACAAGAGUGCGUCCCUUCCUGUCCUUGGCAGCCCCUUGGCCUUUGGAUUGGCGUCAAAGAUCAGUUGCUCUUUAAAUAUUUAAGCCACACUAUGGGCUUGCUGGACAGACUUUCAGGGUUACUUGGCCUGAGGAAGAAGGAGGUUCAUGUUUUAUGCCUCGGGCUGGAUAAUAGUGGGAAAACAACGAUCAUUAACAAACUGAAGCCUUCAAAUGCUCAAACUCAAGACAUAGUUCCCACCAUAGGAUUCAGCAUAGAGAAGUUCAAAUCCUCCAGUUUGUCUUUUACAGUGUUUGACAUGUCGGGUCAAGGAAGGUACAGGAAUCUCUGGGAACACUAUUAUAAAGAUGGACAAGCCAUUAUUUUUGUCAUUGAUAGUAGUGAUAAACUAAGAAUGGUUGUGGCCAAAGAAGAGCUUGAUACCCUUCUAAAUCACCCAGAUAUUAAGCACCGUCGAAUUCCAAUCUUGUUCUUUGCAAACAAAAUGGAUCUUAGAGAUGCAGUGACUUCCGUGAAAGUGUCUCAGUUGCUGUGUUUAGAGAACAUUAAAGAUAAGCCGUGGCAUAUUUGUGCUAGUGAUGCCAUCAAAGGAGAAGGACUGCAGGAAGGCGUGGACUGGCUUCAAGAUCAGAUCCAAGCGGUGAAAACGUGAAGAGAUAGUCCCUGGAGACCUCCGCGGUUUUCAGUUAAUGGAAUCUGUGUAAGGAAUACUGGAUUAUCUCAAAUUUAUUUUAAAAGAUAUAUGCAACUAAGAACUUUUUUUUUUACAACAUUCUGCUUGCUUUUGUGGACUCUGGAAGGAUGUUUUAAGGACUUUAGGACUUGAGACAUUGUUAAUCUGUCUAUUAACCAUACAAAAUCUAACAUUUCUUUGAAACUCCUUAGUUACCAACUUCUUGUAAAAGUCUACACAUUGUUAUAAUUGGAAUGUGUAAAUACCACUUAUAAGCCAUCUCAAUAUCCUAUCAUGAUUUAUGAUAUCUUUGAUGUAUUUUUGUUAAUUGUCUUCUAAAAGUUUAGUUCAUUGUAUGACUUUGAAGUGUAAAUUGUGUUAGCAAAACAGCUUUAAAUAUUUAUAAGGGAUCACAGGUAAUUAGUAGAUAUGUAAUUUUUAUUG